ACAGGAGCAUGCAACAUACCUAAUGUAAUAUUGAGCCACCUUAUUUUUGGGUGGAGUCAAAGAUGAUUUGAGUCAAAAACUCUUGCAGUUGCACAGUUUAGUAUGUUUUGCAAAUGAUAACAGUUUCACGAGGAUUUGUUUCAGAUGGCCUAAAAUAUGCUUUACUCUUUGCUGUGUCUGAUCUUCUUGCUGUUCUUUUCUGCACAGAGCAAUGGAGACUGUCGCAUACUAUCAAACAAGAAACGACACAAAAGAGAGUGGGUAAUACCUUCUAGAAAAGUCACAGAAAAUGUGGACUAUACUCAUGAUCCCUAUGUUGCCAAGAUUCGAUCAGACAUGAGCGAGUCACUGUACUACACUCUUAAGGGGCCAGGAGCUGAUGAGCCCCCGAUUGGCCUGUUUGUAAUAGAUGAGCAAAAAGGGAUGGUUCGCCUUACACGGCCUCUAGAUCGUGAGGAGAGAGAGAUCUACACACUUAGGGCAAUUGCAUGGUUCAGUAAUAACAGCAUAGCAGAAGGCAAUAUUAAAAUAAAUGUCACAGUGGAGGACCAGAAUGAUAACCUACCAAAAUUCAUCAAGUCAGAACGAGGCAGCGUUUACGAGGGAAGCCCAGCUGGAACCUUUGUAAUGCAGGUUGUAGCCAAAGAUGAAGAUCAGCCAGGCACACUAAACAGUAAAAUAGCUUACACGUUAGUCAAACAAGAGCCAAACAAAGGCAAGCUUUACUUUGGCAUUGAUAAAGACAAUGGAACGAUCUUUGUGAAGGACCCAACGCUUGACAGAGAGGAACAGGACUCGUAUAUGCUUACACUGCACGCUGCUGACAUGUAUGGAAGUGCUGAAGGAAAUGUUGACACAACUACUGUGUUUAUAGACAUCCUGGACAUCAAUGACAAUUUUCCUACCUUGGAGAACAAUGAGUUUUCAGCAAGUAUUGAUGAGAAUGUGGCACAUAUGGAGGUGUUGAAAAUCCAGGCACUUGAUGCAGAUGAAAAAAGGACAGACAACUGGUUGGCUGUGUUUGAAAUAGUCUCGGGGAAUGAAGACGGACGUUUCUCCGUUGAAACUGAUCACAGGACAAAUAUGGGAGUGGUGUUCUUGAACAAGGCUGUUGACUUUGAGUCUGUAUCUAAUCUGAACCUGAGCUUGGCGGUUGCAAACAAAGCUCCUCCGGGUGCACCUCUUGGGAGUGCAGCCAGGUCAGCAGGUCCUGAGAGCUUAAGUGCAUCUGAGCAAAAGUUGUACUUACUAAAGAUCAAUGUGGAAAACAAGCGAGAUGGACCAAAGUUUGAUCCAACGGUCAAGUUUGUAUCUGUGUCAGAAGACAUCCAAAACAAUUCAAUUCCAGGAAUGAUUGCCACAUACACUGCAAUAGAUGAAGACACGGGAAAGACAGCAGAAAAAGUCAAAUAUGCAAAGGGAUAUGAUCCUGAUAACUGGGUUUCUGUUGAUAAAGACACAGCUGAGAUUACUCUCCACACCGUGCCAGACCGCGAGUCUCCUUUUGUGGUGAAUGGUACCUACUAUGUGAAGAUCCUCUGCAUAACAGAUGAAAUACACUCUCGGACGUCUACAGGGACUAUAGGCUUACAGGUGGAAAACAUUAAUGAUAUCUGUCCAAAGCUAACUGACAAUGUGAAGUAUGUAUGCAGCGAUGACAAAGUCGUGAACAUCACAGCAGAGGACAAUGAUGCAGAUCCAUAUGGAGCUCCUCUGGAGUUCAUUUUGAAACCAGAGAAGACAACAGGAAAAUGGAGUCUGCAGAAAAUAAAUGAUGUAAGUGUUGCCUUGCUAACCUAUGGAGAUUUAUGGCCUGGCUAUUAUCAAGUCACAAUGGAGAUCAAAGACAGUCAGGGACUGGCCUGUCCUGAUGAGCAAGUCCUCCAGUUUGAGGUGUGCACCUGCUCAAAAAAAUCAUUUUGUAGUCCACAAGUAGUAGUCACGCUUGGGGAACCAGUGAUUGUUUUGUUGGUUCUAGAAAUCCUCUUCCUUCUGUUGCUGGCCUUGAUCUUAAUAAAAUGUAAAUGUGGAGGAGACGCAUUUAUUGACAUGCCUUUUGAAACCAAAGCCUGCUUCAUAUCUUAUAACACAGAAGGAAUAGGGGAAGAUAAGGAUGUUCUUCUGAUGAGCAUUUCACCAAAAUUCACCUGUGAAAGUGGGAAUGAGUUAGUAAAUGCAUCCACAGCAACAGUCAUGAACUUCAAAACCCCAAGGGAUGAAAUUCCGACCCCCAGUUCACAUGUGACCGCCAAUGUGAGUGCUUUAGGGUCAGGAAUGAUGCCCAAGAUGUUUGGAGGUCUCUACUAUGACGUGCUGGACAUGCAGGAAAUACCUGUCAAUUAUGAAGAUAUAAAUUAUGCCUUGCCAGAUGCAAUACUGAAAGAAUACUUCAUGCAAAAAGCAAGAUGUAUAUCGGGAGCUGCUUAUUCAGAGGACAAACCGAUGAAUUAUACAUAUGAAGGUGAAAGAUCUGGUACUGAUUCAUUGAGCACCUGCAUCUGUGAUGAGUCUGAUGAUGAAUUGGAGCUCUUGAACGACCUGGGCCCAAAGUUUCACACUUUGGGUGAGUUGUGUGGACUCAGACGGUCUCCAUCAGUAUCUACUGGGACACAGGCUGAGCCUAAAGUUAUUAAUAAUACUGUCAUGACCAAACCAGCCACCCAUGAGACUCCAGUCAAUGCGGGAUCUUCCAGUCACGUGACCAAAACUGUUCAACCCAUUCCCGUAGAGAAGUCACUACCUGUACAAGCCACACCUAAUGACGAACUAGUCACACCUGUGUACUACACGAUCAACAAGCCAAUAUCUAGCAAUGUUCUACUUUCAGAGAAUCUGUCAUUUGGGCAUGGACAAGGUGUGUACAUAAUUAAUCGUUCUUCGGAAACUGAGGGACAAAACAUUGAUCACCCAAUCAUGUGUUCACAGAUUACUCCUUACAUACCCGUUAUGGUUAGACAAGGCUUAGGUGAAAUUAUUUCUAUUCCGAAUCUGUUAACAAAUCAGAACCUUGCAAUGUUGCGACGACCAAUGUUAAUUGGUUCACCACAGCUGGUAGAAGUACCUGAAGGAUUGGUUGUGUCUGGAGAAUACGGGCAGGGUACAGUGAAUCUUAGACAUUAUUUUACUGUACCAUGAGCCCUCAAACACUUUCAGCACCAAGUUCAGUGCUGGUCGGGUACAGAACAAACCUGUAGAGGUAUGCAUCAUGUUAUAUUUGUAAAAUC